UUGGGCCCAUGGCCGCCGUCGUGCGCCGCUCGCGCCUUCUCGCCCUCCUCGUCGGCGCCUCCCGCCCAAACCCUAGACCCUUCUGCUGCUCCUCCUCCUCCUCCUCCGCUCCUCCGGCGACUGCUCGCGAGGACGGCGACGGCGGCGACCUACUGUCGCGGUGCCUCCUCCGGAUCCCGAGGAAGAGCGGGCGCGCCGCCGCGGCCGCCGCCGUCGAGAGAUGGGCUCGGGAGCGCGGCCGCGUCUCGCCGCCGGAGCUCCGCCGUGACGUCGUCCGGCUUCGCCGCGCGCGCCGCUACGAGCAAGCCCUGGAGAUUUUAUCAUGGAUGGACUCGCACAAUGAUUUUAGACUAUCGCCCUCAGAUCAUAUGGUUAGACUGGAUUUGAUUGCAAAAGUUCAUGGUACUUCUCAAGCUGAGGAGUACUACAGAAAACUAAGUACUGCUGCUUCCAAGAAGGCCGCGUCAUUCCCGCUUCUCCAUUGCUAUGUUACAGAAAGAAAUGUGCAGAAAGCUGAAACCUUCAUGGCUGAGCUGCAGAGAUAUGGACUGCCUGUCGAUCCUCAUUCUUUCAAUGAAAUUAUGAAACUAUAUGUUGCAACGUGCCAGUAUGAGAAGGUCCUUAGUGUAAUUUAUCUGAUGAAACGGAACAACAUUCCAAGAAAUGUUCUGUCCUACAACAUUUGGAUGAAUGCAUGUGCUGAGGUCUCUGGCUUAGCCUCAGUACAAUCAGCAUUCAAGGAGAUGCUGAAUGAUGACAUGGUUGAGGUUGGUUGGAGCACAUACUGUACAUUAGCUAACAUCUUCAAGAAGUAUGGACAGAGCAGUAAAGCUCUUGCUUGCCUUAGAACGGCUGAAACAAAGUUGUCAUCAACAGGGCGUUUAGGGUACUCUUUCAUUAUGACAUGUUAUGCAGCCCUGAAUGACAGAGAUGGGGUUAUUAGGCUGUGGGAGGCUAGUAAAAUUGUUCCAGGUAGAAUCCCUGCUGCAAACUACAUGUCUGCUAUGGUAUGCUUGAUAAAAGUUGGCGACAUUGGUCGGGCCGAGUGGACCUUUGGAAGCUGGGAAGCAGAAAGCAAGAAGCACGAUGUGCGGGUUUCAAAUGUUCUCCUUGGUGCUUAUGUGAGGAAUGGAUGGAUCGAAAAGGCUGAGAGGCUUCAUCUCCACAUGCUAGAGAAAGGUGCGCAUCCGAAUUACAAGACUUGGGAGAUACUGAUGGAGGGAUUUGUUCAGAGUAAGCAGAUGGAUAAAGCUGUCAAUGCCAUGAAGAAGGGCUUAUCUCUGUUGAAGACUUGCCACUGGAGACCUCCACUUGAGCUGUUGGAGGCCAUUGCAAAGUAUUUCGAGGAGCAAGGCAGUGUGGAGGAUGCAGAUAGAUUCAUAAAGGUUCUUCAAAAGUUCAACUUGACAAGCUUGCCCCUGUACAAGUCAUUGCUUGGGGCAUAUAUUAAUGCUGACAUUGUGCCACAAAAUAUUCCUCAGAUGAUAGCAGGAGAUCAAAUAGAUAUGGACGAAGAAAUGGACCAAUUGAUCAUACGUGCCAGCAAGAUAGACAUCACGUGAAAAGUAAAUGGGUAGGCUAUGAACAGUUGCUGCUUAUGAGCACACACGGCAAAUAUAACUCACCCGACUGUCUUUGUGGUUGCAGCCAAAAAACGCAGAAUUACACUAAGAACCUGCAGAUUAGAGGGUGAACAGUGCACUGCGCUGCAUUACUUAAGAUGGCAACUGUUUUGAACUUUUGAUCCAAUUACGGUGUUUUGAGAAAAAGAUCUUGACGGUAAGCCAGGGAUGAUAGAACGACUCCUGCCUGCUUAAGAUUUUCAUUGUCAAUAGAGACUUGACAGGAAAAAUGUUAAUUCUUUCUAAUGUAAACUUCAGGCCAUUUCUUUGCAUGAUGUAAACUUGCAUAUUAGCUCGCCUUCUGUGUUCCCUUUUUGGAGGUUAACAAAUCUGUACUGAUAUUUUUAGUGAAAUUGUGAGGCAAACUGAAAA